CGUAUUGGAAAUGGCCCAUAACUUUUUGGGAAGAAGAAGCAGUGCGGCUUGGUGUUUGACGUUUUAUUUGAUUUUUGUAGGUCGAACAUAUUUUUCAACAUUUUUUUGCCCGUUUUUGGGAGUUUGUCAAAAAUGAAUGUAAGCGAAGCUAGUGUGGAACCACCCGCACACACGGUAUGUCCGAAGAAGCACAAAAAACACAAAAAAGACCGCGACGACAAACCCGGUCUUAAACUCAUUCUAAAAGUGGGCUCCAAUAACACACCGGAGCACGAGGAAGAAUAUCUACAGCUCGAAGGCGGCGAAGGGGCCGAGCAGAUGGUCCUGGACCCGAACGAUCCGGCUUAUCCGCUUUACAAAUCCCACCACAAAAAGUCAAAAAAGAAAAAGAAGAAAAAGGACAAAAGCAAAGACAGGGAGAAAAAGCACAAGCAUCACCACAAAGAUAAAAAGAGAAAACGAGAAGACGUGGACGAGGAAAACGAAAUAUCAGUGACUUAUGUUGAUAUAAAACCUACCCCUGUGUACUCCGAGGAGGUGCCUCCAUACUCUCAAAUCGGUUCGCCGGGGUCCCAUAGGGAGCAAAGGACCUGCGUGGUGAAGAAAAUGCAGGAGCGGACGCCGCUGUCCAAAGUGUUGGAUCACCUCUUGGGCAUGUUAGAGAAAAAAGAUCCGCAGAACUUCUUUGCUUGGCCUGUUACCGAUAAUAUAGCGCCUGGCUAUUCACGGAUUAUCAGUCAGCCAAUGGAUUUCAGUACAAUGCGGCAGAAAAUCGAGGACAACGAAUAUGGCACCCUCAAGGAAUUCACCGACGACUUCCAACUGAUGUGCAACAACGCGAUGAAAUAUAACCACGUCGACACGGUGUAUUACAAAGCAAGCAGGAAACUGCUGCAGGCGGGUAUGAAAAUUCUACAACCGGAAAAACUGGGCUGGCUUGUACAGCUCGCCCCCGAACUCACGGACCAGGAGGUCGGGUUCGAGAUUACUCCCGAGAUGAGGGCGGCCGCGCCCCACCAUCGGAUGCCUCACGAUGGCGACGACGAAGACGCGUUCGAGUGCAAGGUCAAGAAAAUGCCUACCGGCAAGUUCGAGGCAAUUCCUGAUGACCUCACGCCAGAGGAGAUCCUCGCCCAAGCGAAAUCGGCUGCCCGCAUAGCCCGAGCCCGGCUACGCGGUCCCGCCACACCGAUGGGUUUUCUGCGUCAGCGUCGAGACGGAACCACCCAUCUGAACAUACUGGUGGGCGGCGCGGGCGGCAAGAAGAAGCCUAUCGUUCCCCUGGGACAGCUGGUGGGCCGACUUACUGAGGGCACGGCUCAGUUGCAGGGGUUCCGCGAGGACCGGAGGAACGCCGCCAGGCCUGUAAAGCCCUUGUACUACGGCGCAUUUGGUUCGUACGCGCCUAGUCACGACUCCGCCUUCUCGAACCUGACCAAGGACGAGUCGGCGUUGGUGUUGCGCACGUAUGGUUCCGAUCAGGCCGUACAGUACGCUGAGAGCGUGCAGGAUUUCGUGCGCGGUUCUGAUUAUGCGGAACGCCUGGUGGACUCGUUGCUCGACCUGCUCACGGGAGGUGAUCACUCGCGUACCAAGGGAGCUCUGGAAGACGGGCGCCGCCUAAAAGACGAAGAGGAGGCGGUCCGCACGGUGCUCGAGACUGCGCCGGUCGACAGUGUGAAAGUCAGCAUGGAGGACCUGCGUUCGUUGCAGGACGUAGGCAUCGACGUCAACUUCCUGGAGAGUAUGGAGGAGGACAUCAGGAUUGACGAGGAGCGGCACGAGAUGCAGCAGAAGCUUAACGACAUGUGCCAGCUGCUGGAGAAGCUGCAGAAGACGCAGUAUGAAAGGUUGUCGCAGCCGAUGUCGCUCCACCAAGUGGCGCAGCCGACGGCCGAGGAAGCGCAACUCGCCGACCAAACGGUUGACGGACUCGCGGAACUCGCGAAGCGCGCCGCCCCCGGGGCCGUCGUUUCGGUGCCGGGCAUCAGGCGUGCGCUAGGGGUGGACGUCCCGCCGCCAGAGCCCUUACCCGACCUCGAAACCGAAUUGCGGCAGUUUCUCGAACGGGAACCCGCUCCCUUGGUGCCCGACAAGACCAUCGAAGAGAUACUCAUGGAUUGAGACCGCUUGCGAUACAUUUUGAAUAAAAAAAAAAUGACAAAUGGAAAUAGAAUUUUUUUAUCGACAUCGAAC